UUUCGACUUGAUUUCGCAAGUUGCUUGACUCUGUCGCUGCUGUUUAAUACCAUCAUGGUCAUGCGCCGCUUCCAGUUCCACCACAUUGCCCGACGGGUGCCAACGCUUGUGCCGAAGCGGUUCGCGUCGUCGUCGUCGCCGCUGCCCGUGGCCCCGCCCAGCGCGCUCCUGCGCGGCCUCUACCACCAGGUCAAGAGCCUUCUGCACUUCCACGAGCUUCGCCACAACCUCGACCCGUCGCUCCCGGCACGAAAAAAGUGGCACGUGUGCACAAGCCUGCAAGUGCUCGACGAGCCGCUGGCUAUGGACGAGUUUCUCGAUGGCGCCAAGACCGCGGUUGACGCGGUGCUGCAUCAAAUGUACUCGGACGCGUUCCGCGCGUACGUGGCCGAUCCAUCGGUCAUGUCGGACGACGUGCAAUGGCUUCACGAUAUGAUGUCGCGCCGCCGCUUUGACGCGUGCGUGUUUGAAAUCCAAGAAGCCAAGAAGCGAGGCAUGCGCUACGACCUGCGGCACAUUCGGUUUGCCAACGUUGCCGUCUUCCAGGCGUCGGUCGCCAACGACAUCAUGCAGCUCCAGGUGCACUGCGACAUGGUGCACACGGUGCGCGUCACGUCGGGCCAUCGCGAUUUUCAAGUGCAAAAGUCGUCGUCGAUGCUCUGGUCGUUUGAAUCGCCCGUCGACGCCGACCAGCGCGAGUGGCGGAUUGUCGAUUUCCACGACAUUGACCUCCCCGACUACUAAGAUCGCGGUGUCGUCGCUGCCCACCUCUGUAUUUAUCGACAAAUAGGGUGUACGAGCCGACCGAAUCGUAAGGCUAGUGUAUAAGUAAUUGUUCGUCGUCCGU